UUAGCUUGUUUGCUGGGCAUUUGACAGCUGAAAUUGGCUAGCCUGUCUUUUUUGUGCUUUUGUUUUUAUAUCUAAAGAUUUAGUGUAAGAUUUCUUGAGCCUAACCAGGCUCCUCGUUCCCACAGUAUGUCUAUACCGUAAUUAAUAGAGGUCUCUCUCUCUCUCUCUCUCUCCCUAGGACCCUGUAUUACCUGCUGAUUCCCCCAAGCCUUGACGUCAGCGCUAUAAGUGGUAGAGAUCGCCGGUACUCGGCGCCGGCGGUGCCCACAGGCGCAGUGUCUGGCCGCAGUAACAACACUCUCCCGGGACUUGCCCGACCGACUUUCGCAUACGACCUCCAAACAGCGUGAGGGACAGAUACAUCAAAAACAUUCAUAGGACACACGCACACACCCUCCCCUUGUUUCGAGCCCUCUUCGCCUCUCCAGCCCCGCCAUGGCGUCUGCUGUACCCGAGACGGAGGGGUCAGCGCGGAGCUCCCCACUGACACCGCUGAAGCUUGUCGGGCUGGUGUGCGUCUUCCUGGCGCUUUGCUUGGACAUAGGAGCCGUGAUGAGCCCGGCUUGGGUGACUGCCGACGACCAGUACUACCUGUCCUUGUGGGAGUCCUGCUGGAAGCCAACGAGUAGCGAGAACUGGCAGUGCAGCAGCACGCUGGGUUCAGACUGGCAGGUUGCUACGCUGGCCCUGUUACUAGGGGGUGGAGCCCUGGUGCUGAUGUCAUUCUUGGUUGCUCUAUUUUCUGUGUGCAUUGGCACAAGACGGCGGUUCUACGCGCCUGUUGCCUUCAUGCUCUUUGUUGCAGUUGUACUCCAGGCCUGCAGUUUGGUCCUCUACCCUGUCAAGUUCAUCGAGAGUAUCAACUUGAGGAUCUACCAUGAAUUUAACUGGGGCUACGGCCUGGCCUGGGGAGGCACCAUCUUUUCCUUCGGUGGGGGAAUCCUCUACUGCCUCAAUCCCAAGAACUAUGAGGAAUACUACUAGUGCUACCUCAAGUCUGGAACCCUCUGGUCACAUCUUCAGAGUCUAAGAGGUACAUAGGGCCUGAAUAACAUUUCUAAUGUUCUGGGAAAGGGGGAGGGAGUGGGUGUCUAUUAACAGCUCAAUUCCCAAUAACUUUAAAGGGAAACAUCGGACUUGAGCCAAUAACUGUAUUAUCAGAAGUUUUGAAUCCAGACAGUGAACCUGGUGGUCUGGAGCUUAAGUUUUUUGCCUCAAUCAACACUAGUGUCAGUGCUGACUCUAAUGGAUAUUCAGACUGAUAAGCCUCAUGUUAAAUGGUGCCUCUUGGGACAGAUGAGGUAGGGGGCUUACAUGUUUAUUCCCAAGGCUCGUGAUACAGUCUAAGGAAUACUGACAACACUACAGUAACAAAGGAUUCAGGUUACCAGUGUUAAUGCCUCCAUUCUGAAUUGCAAGAACUGCUAUUAUGUCUAUUAACUUUUCUGUUUGGAAAAACAGGAUGUCAGACUGACAGACUUUUGCCAGUUACACAUGGAUGCACAUGCACAUACACAUGCAUAGGCAGCAUAUCUUUAUAUGAGGUCAGAAACCCUCAAGCUGAUCAUCAUUAUCAUCAUCAUCAUCAUCGUAAGUGCUUAUUUAGGAGCUGUUUUAUUUUAUUUUUAGAGUUCUGUGAAGCUCUUAAACUUUCACAAGGAUGUGAGACAUGCUGCAGAUGCUAGAGUUGUGCCUCAUAACUUUUCAUAACACAGAUCGAUUUGUCUUGUGGGAGAAGGUAAGGAGGGUGGAAUAAACUAAAGACAUUUGCUCAAUAUUCUGUUUUCAACCCACUUGUCUGUUACUGUGGCAACCCACAGGGUUUGCACAUCCAGCUGUCAUCAUUGAUUAGCCAUGGUUGGAGGUGUGAGAUGGGACAGCGCUCGGCUAAAUUUCGGUUGCCUAUCAUGCUGCGUUUUUCUGCACCGUGACAUAUGGAGCAUCCUUCGUCUUCUUAUCUGGCUCAUGGCAGUGUCUACAACACACAUGAGACACACAGCUCCAGUCUUUCAGUGGCCAUGUUGUCAUGCACAGCAGCAGUUUGAGAAAAUUAGAAUGUGUUCUGAAUUUAAUUAUGUUCAUACACACACAAAUUCACAUUUUACUGUAUAAAAUUCAGUAAUUAUCUUUACUUUCAUUUACAAUCGUUCCACAGUAAUUUGCAUCAUGGGCCGAUAGAAAGGAAAGAAGAUCAAACAAACAUGAUUUUUUGUAAAAUAUAACACCAAGGCUAUAAUAUUUUUGUGUUAUCAAACUGCUGGAAAAACUAUCCAAUGGGAAGAGCGCUUUCCUUGAGAACAAAGGACACUAAAGGGUAUUGUACACAAUAGCUGAGAUUUGUGUAGACUUUUAACUGAAUUAUAAAAUAGUAUUUUAAUGAGAGUUAUUCUUGGAGAAAAUAGGGUAAAUUAAGAUAGAUAGAUAGAUUAAAGACAUUGGUCCGUAUUUUUUAAAUAAAAUCUCAAAAUACGUGAGAUCCCUGCUCUGGCAACCUAAGAAAUAAAUGAUUAACAUUAUAAAAAAGUGUGUUUUAACCCAAAAGAUGAUCUUUUACAGGCUCUAAGCAAUUUUUGCUUUUAAAACAAAAAUAAAACUCUUACUUUUCUUAAUAUCAUCAUUUCCACAUCAGGUUUACUGACCCUGUGACUCUCUCUAUAAUCUGUAAAUAAAAUUAGUGUAGACAAAUGGUAACGAGUAGGCCAGAAAAACAUGCAUGUCAAAACUCUGAUGUCAGAUGGUAUUGGUGAUUACAAGAAGCCAUUUGGAUUGCCAAAUAUAAUGCAUGUUAAUAAAAACACACAAUAUGUGUAUAAGGAAUCGGUGUAUUACUGUGUGCUGCCAUGUCUUGGCCUACAGUAAGUGUCAGCGAUCAGCACUGCAUCCGGAGUGUUAAGUUUUUGCUGGCCAACAAGCCAGGCAUGCAUCUGCUGAAAUGGGAGAAGAAAAUGCCAGUAUUAGCCGAUAUCAAAUGACACAGUUAACAGGUGUUAGGGCACAUUUCAACAAAACCCAAGAUGGUUUUAUAUAUCAAGCACUACCCCUUUACAGACAGACUGAUCUGAUAAUCAUUGCUUUAUGUCCCAACAGGGUGAUAAUAAUUUAAGGUUUACUUAUAUUUCCCUGCCCUCCGGAUUUGGGUCCAAUCAGUAUUUUUGGGUAGUUGCCAUGGAUCCAGAACAAUUUCUGGGUGAAAAGAUAAUUGAAGACCAAAUAUUUUACCCUCUAUGUUAAUUUUGAACUCUAGAUUGGGCGAUACUCUUGUGCAAUAAUGUUUAGUUUUCCUCUCCCCCUCUGUACUGAAUUAUUUUGCCAACCCUGCAACCUCCUUUUUCGAGUCUGGAUGCUGUAAGCACAGGGAGGAGGUGCAAGUGUUGUCUGGUAUUUUCUUUAUUCCCCAUUGUCACAUAUUUGCUGUGGAGCUGUCAGGUAACUAUUGCCUAAAAAUAGGAACCAGGCUGGGUCCCUUGGCACCUUAAAAUAAAAGUUGAGCUGUGAAGUCACCUCUUGAUUCAAGCUGCUGCAAGAAGUCCAUUUAUUUUACAGUGAUAUUUACAGUGGGCAGAAAUGUUUCUUUUGCUCUUGAUGAGGAAAACUGUUUGUUCUGUACUUGAAUAUUUGAGAAGCUUCUUCACUUUAAAAUCAUCACACUUGGAAAAGAAGGUCCUGCUUUAGAUUACAGUCCAGACAUUUCAUUCAUUCACUUCCUUUCUGUUUAAUAGUCACUGUUACAUUUGAUGUACAGAAAUAAAACAUUGAUUUCGGUAUUGUACUGUAGAAAGGUUCAAAAUACAGAGCUAAUAUAGUUGUAGGAAUUCUCGGAUAUUGAGGGAAUUGAUUUUUUGCCAGGAGAUGAAUGAAAGUAAACGUGGUUCUGGCUAAACGUAGAAAAAACACCUGCAAGUUCAAAUGUAAAGCUUGUAAAGCAGCAUCUAAGUGAUUGUUUGGUCUAUCAUAUUUAUUCAUGAGGACAGAGGAGUCUUUGUGCCAGCUGCUGGCUGUAGGUACAUACAGAUACAACAUGGUAUGGGCCCAAAGAUGGAGCUACACAUCCAUGAAGAACCACAUGGAAAAAGGCUAAAAAUGUUUCCUAAUAUGUUCACCUAUGACUUUGAUAUUGAAUACAUUAUUGUAAAGUCUUAAAGCUAUGUAUAGCUAUAAGAGUUUUACAUUAAAAAACAUCUGCAUAAUAUUCUUUAAAUCUAUGAUACAGAAAUGUAAUGCAUUCACUUGAUCAAUUGUAUUUUCCUUCUCUAAAUUUACAAAAUAAUCAUCUUGCAAAUUCCAAGAAAGCACAGGCUCAUGGGAUUUUGAGAUUUAUUAAUAAUUCAGAAGAGAGGAGAUUAUUAUUUAUCUUUUUUUUUUUUUCUCAAUUUGUGAGAUAAAUGUCCUGCUGCUGGCAGCUAACUCUACUUUAUAACACAAUGCAUGGUACUGCUAACAUUUGGACUGUAAUCUAAAGAGCUUUUCAGAUUGUGACCUUCAACUUUUUCAGUUUGAAAGACGUUUCAGUGUUACCGUUUUCAGCGACGAGUCCAAAUCAGUGGUCAUAAAUACAGAAAUGUGUGACUUGAUGUCUUGUUCCUCCAUUUUGCCAGUGAGAGACAGAAGACCUGACCCAAUGGUAAGGUGCAGUAAUAGAGAUUAUCAUUGUAUGAUAUUUCGGUAAAACCGCUACUGUAUUUAAUUUUGUAUGGUCACUGCUUGGUGAUUGUGUUUGUGGUGUAGAGGGGCCUUAGGCACUACCACUGUAACAGACCUGGGUUAAAACACACAGGAAUAAUUUAAUGAAAGGACUAAAAUAUAAAUUGAACACCUUCAAAAUAAAAUUGAAAUAUUAAUUCUUAUGUGUUUUCUUAUAAAUACUUUUGAGGAGGAAGUAGCCCUUGUCUCAUAUUCUUAUGUUUUGCCGACCUGCCAUACACACUCAGUAAAGAGAAUGAGUGCCUUGACAGAUAAAUCCAGAUCAAAAGCUUACUGCUCUUUGGGAGUUCAACCCUGUUAAACGGUGCAGCUGCUGAGAUUCAAAGUUGCAGUGCAACAUUUGCAAAUUUACAGAAAUCGAAUACAUGGUAGGCUGAAGCAGAUAUGUGUUUGAGCUUCAAUGGCAAUGCAGAUAUGUUGGCACCCAUUCAAUGAGGCACAUCCUUACACUUCUGGAUAAAUAACAAUACUUGUGUAAUUGUCCUUAGUCGAGAACCUUUUAAGCUUGUUAAACAUACAACAAAACACUGUCCUUGUAUGUUUUAGCCUGGUCUGAUUGUAGCUAUUAGCAUUUGUUUCAUGAUCAACUUGCUGAUGAAAAGUAGAGACUUGUAAACAGAGAGCGCUUGGGUUUUUUUUCCGUCUUCCAGUAGACUGGUGAAAAAACACUGGCUAUUGAUGUGCAUAGGGAUUUAGGCUGUAUACAAAAUGUGUGAAUGACAGAGAAAGAAGUAAGUGUGUCUGACAUAGAGACAAAGAGUGUGUGUGUGUGCACGUCUAUUAGCUUAAUUUUACAUGCCAUUGUAGAAAUUUCAGUUCUUGGCAUUUAUCUCUUUGUACGUUGUCACAUUAAAGCACUGAACAGAACGACUCACUUUGUGUCUCAUUAUGUUUGUCACGAUCUCUUUUCUUAUGUCGGUUUUAUU